AUGUCUGACAUCGAUGACUACGUCGGGCUGAGCGCACAUCGCCUCCGUCGUGGUGUUAUGACGACGACCGGACGAGGAAGAAGGCUCGGAACGUUUGAUCAUUCGCCUGGCGUUGACGAUGAUGACGAGGACGAAGAGGAUGAUGAACAGAUAUUGGAAGACUGCGUGACGAGGUUCGUUGUAGAUGACGACGAUGUCGAGGACAAAAAGAAGAAGAAGCGCCGCCACGCCAGCGCCGAAACCGUCAACGACCGAACAACGACGGCGACGAUCUGCUGGACGAAGAGGGACCUGGCGCUGGUUGCUGAGAAUACCAACACAGGGCCUCAGUACUCGACAGGCGCAUCGGGGUCAAAGGCCCUUGACGAUGAGGACGAUCUCGAUGCCUGA